UGUACAGGUGUUUUACCUGCAUGUAUGGCUGUGUGCCACAUGCAUGCAAUACCUGAAGUGGCCAAAGGAGGGCAUCGAAUCCCCAUGGGACAGGAGUGCAGAGGCUUGUGAGCUGCACUGAGAAUCAAAUGCGAGUCCUUUGGAAGAGCAGCCUGUGAUCUCAACCACUGAGUCAUCUCUGCUAGUAAUCGUACUCUAUUCAAUCCUAACAUCUAACACAACAAACAUAAAUUCCAGGAAUUAUUCUCAGGGACUACUAAAAUUUUUUCUGCAUGUGCAGAGCUGCAGCUAUGGCUACACUGUGUUGGCGCGCAUUCUGCCUGUAUGCUGUUUGGAAACACCACAGCAAGAAGCCGUGUCCUCUCAGUGCCACCCACUGCUAUCCACAUGUCCUCUGCGGCUACCUGCUCUGGAUGGGAGCUGCUGCAGGCUGAGAGCCUCCCACGGCUCAGGCCCUUCUCUGGCAGGCUUGCAUCUGAAGGCAGUGCUCAGUGACCGUCUGCUGAGGAGCGUGCGGUGUCCAGUUGCCACUGGUUGCCAAGCAGCCGGUAUGAGCUGCUUCCCCACUAGUGGCAUCAUUUGCACUCUCCAGGAGCGUGCCCUCUGCCUUGCCCAGCACCCGCUGGCCACCUUCUUCCACCUGUUCUUCCGAGUGAGUGCCAUCAUCACCUACCUGUGCUGUGACUGGUUCAGCAGGAGUUUCGUGGGCUGCUUUGUCACUGUGCUUCUCCUUCUGUCCUUUGACUUCUGGUCUGUGAAGAAUGUAACUGGAAGACUCAUGGUGGGUCUUCGAUGGUGGAACCAGAUAGAUGAGGAUGGAAAAAGCCACUGGAUAUUUGAAGCCAAAAAGGUCUCCCCAAGCCACAUGGCUGCCACUGAGGCCGAGGCGCGCAUCUUCUGGCUGGGUCUCAUCAUCUGCCCAGUGAUCUGGAUUGUGUUCUUCUUCAGCACCUUGUUCUCCUUGAAGCUGAAGUGGCUGGCUCUUGUGAUUGCUGGCAUUUCCCUCCAAGCUGCAAACCUCUAUGGCUACGUCCUUUGUAAGAUGGGAGGUGAUGGUGACAUCAGCACAGUUGCAGCCAGCUUUCUGUCACAGACGGUGUUUCAGACGGCUUCCCCAGGUGACUUUCAGAAACCCAGGCUUGAAGGGCUGGACAUCCAGCAGCGUUAG